AUGGCGAGCAGCUCCGAGUCGCGCGCGCGGUUCGACCACCUGCACGCGCUGCGCAACGUCGAGCUCAUCGCGCGCAACGAGUACCCGCUCCGGCACCUCGCGCGGGAGAGAGUGCGCCAGCGCGCGCGUCAAGACGGCCACGACGACGACGACGACGACGAGCGCGCGCUGUGCUUUUGCACGUUCCCCGACCCGGUGGAGCGACGCGACAGCGACACGCGGCGCUGCGAUGACGUCUCGUGUCUGAACUUUGCCACGUACAUGGAGUGCUCGCCGUGCUGUGCGACGGGUGAGUUCUGUCGCAAUCAGCGACUGCAGCACCCCGAGCGGUACCCGGUGCUCGAGCCCUUUAAGACCGAGUUGAAAGGCUAUGGCGUGCGGACGCGCGAAGCGAUUGCCCAGCGAGGAAUCGUCGGCGAGUACGUUGGGGAGAUCAUUGACCAGAAAGAACUUGCGCGGCGGCUCAAGAGCGUGCCGCGCCACGAGCUGAACUUUUACUACUUGCUCCUGGCCCCAGGCGUGUACAUUGACGCAAGGACAAAGGGGAGUUUCACGCGGUUUGUCAACCAUAGCUGUGAGCCGAAUUGCAAGACGGAAAAGUGGACCGUGGAAGGCGAGACGAGGAUUGCUGUCAUUGCUUUGCGGGACAUUGACGUCGGCGAAGAGCUUACGUUCGAUUACCAGUGGAAAGCGCUUGGCUCGAGGCAGAUCAAGUGCUUUUGUGGCAUGCCGACGUGUAAAGGCGUGAUUGGCUUGCAGAGCGACACACUGCAGAGUGCAGAAGCCAAGACGGGAGGCUACUUUCGCGACCCCGAGGCACACGAAAGUGGACUUGCGUUGGUGGGACGGCGCGUGCGCGUAUUUCUCUCUCCGGACGACAAAAUGGAGUUUGACAUUCAGCUGAUCAAAGCGUAUAAUGAGGACGAAGAUCGGUACGAGGUGGAGGAUUUGCUGGAGCUGACUGGGUACGAGACCGAUGGAAAUGAUUCGGAGGAGCAAGUAGAAGCAGCUGAGAAACAAUUUGUGCAGCUGAAAGAGAACGGGUGGCAGAUUUACUGUCCCGUGGGACAUGAAGGGAACACGUCAGUGUUUGCGAUUCCGAAAAAGCGUGUGUUGAGCUCGCCGAAGAUGUCAAGUGUAGAUGAAAGUAGAGACCCAUCGCCUAAGCAAGCAACGACGUCACAGUUGCCUGUUCGCACGCCGUCGCCGGUGGCCAUGGAUAGAUCGGAGAGCAGCUUCAGUACGAUGAAAAAGAACCAGUUUGGUGAACCACUCGACCGCGAUGGAAAGGUGGUGUCCAACAAGCUGCUGAUCAAGUUUUUACCAAAAGAGUACGAUGCACUUGCCAUUCGCGGCUUAUUUAUCAGCCGGAAGCAUCCAAAUGCAUUGGUGGAUGCUGACGUGUUUAACUUUCUGGACGGUACGGGCUGGGCGCUUGUGGAGCUAGAAAGCAACGAGCUCGCAUCUUCGUUUCGCCGCACCUUGGACCGCCGUAAUUUACUCGAUAAGAUGUUGCGUGUGUAUCAGGCGGGCCAGAACGAAUUGGAUAAUUUUCGACACCAGAAAAACAAAGUGCAGAUGAUGCGUCAACAGGGCAUGACGAUCAGGAGCAUUACACCGCCUUCAGAAGAAGCGGAGCAUGUGCAUUCGGGGAGAAAAAUUGAGCGGUAUUGCUUUGGCCGAAAGCUGAAUUGGCUCGUCUCUGAAGAAGAGCUUCGAAAGUUGGCUGUCCAUCAAGUCUUGUCGACGUCGCUAGAAGAAUCGCUGCGGGUGAAGUACGUAAAAAGUAUAUUUCACAUUGCUAAAGGAUUGCGCCUCGACCGAGAGGAUGCUACGAGUGCCAUUAUCGCGCUGAAUAGGUUCUUCACGUUCCACACAAUGCCGAUGGAGGUCGAUAUCUAUGCUGCUACGAUGCUUCACUUGUUCUUGAAGGCUCGCGCCCGAAAAGUACCGUGGACAGCCUUUGUGAAGGAAGUGUACAAAGCAAAGCACGGUUCGUCUGCUGUCGAACUUCUCACGGCUGCCUCACCUGAACUAGGGGUGCUCAAGCGCCGUCUGGUCAAAGCGGAGGGUGAGCUGCUGGAAGGGUUGCGUUACGACGUGACGGGUGAAGAUCCUUACGCGCUGUUGGACCUUCUAACAGCACGCAAAGGUUCGAAAAAGCGUGUAGCGUUCUCGAACCACAGUGUCGGCAAUCAGUUGGCUUCACUCCUUCCGUCAGUGCCUCCCCCGGAAGUGCAAAAAGAAGCAAAACACUUGGUGGCAGAAGCCUUGCCAUUGUCAAUUUGGACGCACACACCUGUGGAAUGCGUGGUGCUCAGCGUGGUAUACGUGAGCGCUGCUGCAACUGAAGUGCUGAGCCAUCGCUCGCCUCCUUACCACGCCAAGAUCCCGGAAUUCCUUCCACAACUAGAUGCUCAUUGUAAUGCAGCUGAAGCUUCCAUGCUGCUGAAAUGCUCUCUGUCCAUUUGCAAUCAGUUAAAAGACCGAUGGGCACGCUUAGAGAAGCAGUCAAUGACAGCGCAGCUGAAGCAACCGAACGAAACUGACGACAUAAGCAAGUUUGACCUGGAUCAGUUUACUGUGUCUCGAGACAAAAGGGAUGGGGAGAUUGUCAGCCGGAUAGCUAGUUUGCUGAAGCAAUGGAUCACCCUGUCUUCUCUGUCCAGCUCAUCACCUGGUCCUUCGGCAUCGACUGCAAAUUCGACGUUCUCUGCUGCAUUUUCGACGACGGCUGCUACGUCCUCGACUACGACACCCUCGCGCAGCAAAGGGAAGAAUUUCAUUGCGUUUAAGGCGAUGGAAAGCUCAGUUCCGGUUGCCAGCUGGACGGCUACAGGGCAGAAUCGUGACAGGUCUUUCUCCGCACUAUCAAUUUUUCCAAAGAAAGUUGUCACUGGUACGAACGAUACGAGUGCUGGAAGCAUUCGCUUGCACGCGGACGAGAUUACUAAGACCGAGUCCAUCCGGAAACGAGCGUACUUGGGCGUUGUGUCGAAUGAGGUAAGCCUCGACUUAGCUGGACGGCCUGUGUAUCUGCAGUCAUGGCCGUACCUUGAGCAAGAGACAUUUUUCUCGGAAGAGAGAGGCAUUAACGAAGCUUGCGUGCGUGAGCUGUCAGCAGCGACGACUCUCUCGUCGCUCUCGCCAGACCGUUUUAUGAAGUUGUAUGGAGUUGUUUUCCCGUCCAACUGCAAGGAGCGACAGCUGAACGAAGCGGGCACUCCCAGUACUGGCACGGAUGAUCUCGAUCUACUUGCGGCUACAAUCGAUGACGAUGGUAAUCCUCUACCUGAAGGCAUGGACAGACUGAACUUGCAAAGGCACUACUUGGCCUUCGAGCAGCCGCUGCACAUGUUUUCAGGUAUUUUUGAGGCUCAUGUAUCACUUACGCCAGAGCUGCGCAAGAAGGCCGUAUAUGACAUGCUGCAAGGUCUUUCCGCUGUCCACGACCAUGGGUAUGUUCACCGCUUCGUUGCCCCCUCACACCUCUUGAUCUUCAGGGACGGCGUUAAACUUGGCGGUUUUCAUGCAAUGCGCAAAGUUGCUAACAUCAAGCGAAAAGAAGGUGAUGGAUCUUCUUUGGCUGCUUACGUGAUGACCGACAGUGAGCGCAAAGAGCACUGCUAUGGUGCGUGGCUCUAUGUGACUGCACCAGAGAUUUUGCUAGGCGAAACGAAGUACACAUGGCGCUCGGAUAUCUGGUCUGCAGGCUGCGUAGCGCUUGCUAUUCUUCUGGAGAAGGUUCCAUUUCUUCAAGGACAGGACCCCAAAAUACAGCUCGAUCUGAUCUACCGUCUCUGUGGCACGCCGGGCUCAUCGUGGGAAGGCGCGCAUAAGCUCCCGUUGUACAACACGUUUCGGCCCAAGCAUGAGUACAAGAUGCGGCUCUGCAAGACCCUUGUGGAACAGCGUUCUAAAUAUCCAGACUUCCCGGAGGAUGCGAUCGUGUUGCUGGAAGCCAUGCUUCAGCUAGACCCCGCGCGUCGCAGCACAGUGAAAAGGCUCACAGAACUGCGUUACUUUGACAGCGUCCGUGACAGUAAGCAGACUUUCGACUUCAGUGGACUCCCGUCGACAUUCCCUGUGCAGCGAAAACGACUCGUCCAGCACUUGCUGAAAUCGAAGUCGAAGAAACACCGAAGUGCUGGUAGCAGCGGUCGGGGUAGCGUACCGGCACGACAUCACUCUUCGCAUCGACACAGCAGCAGUGAGCAUCAUCGCCACAAUCGGUCCUCGCCCUCGGUACACGCUGGGUUAGCUCUUGGCGAUAAAACUAGCCAUUCUGACCGACACAGAACCAGGCGUGGCAAGCGGACAACGAGACCAUCGUCUGCUAUACGACAAGAAACCCAUCACGACACUGCCUUUGAUGACACUGGGAAUGCGGGGAUGCAAGACGGCAGCGAGCACGUUCCGCUGCCAGCCAGCUUCACGGCUUCUGCUGGAUCUCCACUACCGCAGUCGAUGGUUGAUGGUAGUGGCAGCUUACCCCCGCGUGAAAAACGCGCCAAGCUUGGUUGGGGUAUGGGACUCAACUCAGCAUUAUAA